AAUUCAAGCGAUUCUUAUUCUUAUUUAAGCGAUUCUUUUUUCUCUCUUUUUUUUUUUCGAACAGUGAUUUGGAAUUGUUAUUACCUUCCAAAUUCACCACAGCUCAUAGGAAGGAGAAUAAUGGGUUCUACUAAAAAGAUGGCAAAUAUAGCCAAGGAUUUGACUGCUGGAACGGUGGGAGGGGCUGCGCAGCUGAUCGUUGGCCACCCAUUCGACACCAUUAAGGUCAAACUCCAAAGCCAGCCAGCCCCACUUCCCGGUCAACUCCCCAAGUAUUCCGGCGCCAUUGAUGCAGCAAAACAAACAGUAGCUUCUGAGGGACUUAAAGGCUUAUAUAAAGGUAUGGGAGCCCCACUCGCCACUGUCGCGGCCUUCAAUGCUGUUCUCUUUACUGUCAGGGGACAAAUGGAGGCUUUGCUUAGGUCCGAGCCCGGGGCUCCACUGACUGUGGGUCAGCAGGCCGUGUGUGGUGCUGGUGCCGGAGUCGCUGUUUCUUUUCUGGCGUGUCCUACUGAACUGAUUAAGUGCAGGUUGCAAGCCCAAAGUGCCUUAGCAGAUUCAGCUUCUUCUUCAGGUGCUGUAAAAUACAAAGGACCGAUGGACGUGGCAAGACAUGUUCUUAAAUCAGAAGGCGGUCUUAGAGGCCUGUUCAAAGGCCUGGUCCCGACCUUGGCUCGCGAAGUCCCCGGAAAUGCUGCGGCCUUUGGUGUCUAUCAAGCCUUUAAGCAAUACUUUGCAGGUGGGCCUGAUACAUCCAACUUGGGAAGCGGCUCUCUAUUGGUUGCUGGAGGGCUUGCCGGCGCGUCAUUCUGGCUCGCGGUCUACCCAACCGAUGUUGUGAAGAGUGUGAUUCAGGUCGAUGACUACAGGAAUCCAAAGUACUCCGGAACCAUUGACGCCUUUAAGAAGAUAUAUGCAUCGGAGGGAAUCAAGGGCCUUUACAGGGGCUUUGGACCAGCCAUGGUUCGCAGCGUGCCGGCCAAUGCAGCGUGCUUCUUGGCAUAUGAGGUGACUAGAUCUAGCCUUGGAUGAUUUUCUACUAAAUCAUAGUCAAUAGGAUUUGCGGCUUUGAUUCAUGCAGAUAAUUCUUUUCCUGUUGAAGUAGUCGUCGAAGAGAAAAGGAGAAUUUAAGUGAUCAUCUUAACUGCUAUACAUUUAUGUCUCAUUACUUCCUUGCUUGUGGAAAUAAGCUUAAGUUUCACUACUAGAAAAAGUUAGCAACAAAAUUUUGGUUAUUGGAAAUAUCUAGAGAAAUUAGGUGUACCAUCUAGAGUAUUGUAAGUAAUUAUCAGAAACAUUCUGAAACAAGAAGCCAAUGCUGACUAAUGGAACAGUAAGCAAUUAUUGUAGGAGACUGUGUUAUUACA